AUGCCCACAUGGAGCUCCUCAGGUGUGCCUUCUCUUCAUGAGCUGUAUUUAGAUGAUUGUCCAGAAAUGGAAUUUCUUCCCCAAGGAAGUAUGCCUUCCAGCCUACAGCGUCUUUCAAUCAUUGGGUGCUCCAAACUCAUUGAGUCUUGCAGGGAUUGGGAUUUGCAUGAGUUGUUAUCUUUGAAAGAAUUUAAAACUGGUGGUAAAUUGGAAGGUCACAUAGAGUCGUUCCCUAAAAAAGAGGGAUUGUUGCUGCCCAAUCUCCAAUCUCUUUCAUUCUUGUGUUGUACCAAUUUGAAAAGAAUAAACCAUAGGGGCAUUCUUAACCUCCAUUCUCUUACUUCUUCAUCAUGUUUUUUCGCUUGCCCCAGCAUGAGUUUUGAAGGCAUGCCAGAAGAUGGUUUACCUCCGUCCCUUUCUCACUUAACUAUUGGUUGUGGUUGUCGGUUGCUUGAGGAGAGGUGUGAAAAGGAGGAAAGACCUGAUUGGCCUAAAAUUGCUCAUAUCCCUCAUGUUCACGUAUACAUGGACGAAUGA